AAUUUUAUUUUCUAGUGUUUGUGUUAACUACACUGGAAGACAAUUUGUAGGCCUACUGAAAUCCAUUUCAGCUCAGCAGGAUUCACUGCUGAACAUGAGGCACAGUUUGGUGGUUUUGCUAGUUAUUAGCAACCAUGCAAUUACACCCAUAAAUUUCCAGAAUCCCCUAGUAAAACAUGCAUAAAUAUCUGCUGACACGAUUUUUGGUGAAACCGCAAGAGAUUCAUACGGCAUGUAGAAAAUAUGAGAGCAUGUCGGAGUGCUUAGCACAGCCGUCACAACCAGGCAAAGUCUCACUAGUAAAUCUGAUGACCACAUUUGCAGAUAUUCAUGUGCAGUAUUUCUCUUAUCCUGGAGUGCUACCGAGGCUGUCGCUCUGCAAGCUUUUCCUCACAGAGCUCUCCAGAGAAGGGAUUGGAAGGCGGGAUAGCCAAUGGGCGACUGAGCAGCAGGUUAUUUGAACUCUCCUCACACAGCUCCACCAAACCAGACAACAUCCUCUGACUUUUCAAACAAUUUUCUCUCUCAAGAGUCUGUCAUCGUCUGUGUGCUCAGUCGCUGCUCCCGUGGGCACAGUAAGUAAGUAAGAGGAAGGGACACUUUUUUCCUUUUCUUUUUUGUAUUACCUUUUACAUCGAGUGUAUCCGGGAUGGGAACCUGCUGCUUCUAUUUACAUCUGGAAGUCAACUGAUGCACCUGUUGAUCGAGGAAAACGCUCUGUUUUACAAUGGACAAAGUUGCUGAGAUGAAGUCUGACAGUCGGCUUCAUUUUGAGGACAACGUGAGAUCAGAGGAGAGGAGCAGACUGAACUGUGUAGACUUACCCCAGAGCAGUUUAACAGACGGACAGAACGCAGACCUGCUGCAAUGCCGGGAGACCAAUGACGACAGCUCUCCUAUCAAGUACAGAAGAUAUGGGUCUCGUCUGGGUGGGGUCAAAGUUCGCCACAAGAGACAGGUGCUGCAGGACAUGGCCCGACCGCUGAAACAUUGGCUGUACAAACACCGGGACAACCCCUACCCCACCAAGACCGAGAAGGUCCUGCUGGCUCUGGGCUCACAUAUGACGCUAGUGCAGGUUUCAAACUGGUUUGCAAACGCCCGGCGGAGGCUGAAGAACACAGUGAGACAGCCGGACCUGAGCUGGGCCCUGAGGAUCAAACUGUACAAUAAAUACAUCCAGGGGAACGCUGAGAGACUGAGCGUGUGCAGCGAUAACACCGAGUCAGAUGAUGAAGAGUGUCCCUUAGAAGCUCCGAUCAGCCAAUCAGACUUUGGCAGGUCGUCGUCCCACAAGAGCGUAAUGGAGAAGCAGGGCAGCGUGCUCGCCAUGGCGGACUCCGCCAACAGUGACGACAGCGCGUCGCCUCCAUCCAAGUACAAGAGUAGUUUACUGAAUCGGUAUCUGAACGACACCCUGCGGCACAUGAUGGUGGCGAAGGCUGACGGCGUCACCUCGACCCGCAAGAGGAGGACCCACUCCGAGUCGUUCAGCUCCAACGAGUGUGAUCGAGAUGUUGGAUCUCCUGCGUCGUCCUACGAAACAGAGGCCAACUUUGUCUACCACAUGGACACAAUGGACUAUACCCCAACUAAAUGUGACAGACAACAGCAGCAUGGCCGAGGCCAGCAGAGGCAAGAGGAUCAGAGCUGGAGGGAGAUCCACGCCGCCGUUGCUCUGACCAGCUUGGCCCAGGGAAAGAGCUGCACAGAAGAUCAGAGCAGUGUGACAGUGUCCAAAGCUGGCACGGGGCAAUGCUGCAACCCAGGGUCCUUCUCGGUUACGAGGACCACUAUUAUGGACAGGAUGUGUGUCUCAGGACCCACCGCCGCUCUGAGGCAGAGCUGCACCACAGGGCCCACUCUCACCAACCGCAUCAUCCAGAAGUCCUCUCAUAUCUCUGAGGUCCAGACUGUUAACGUGGCCCUGGCAAACAGUGUGUAGGCAUUUAAUUUAAGCAUCUGGUCUAUCGUUCCAUAUAGGAAUACCAGAUGCUUAAGUGCCUUGCAAUAUCUGUACAGCCUCUGUUAUUUUGUAAUGCUGAUAAACUUUGACGUUUAAAUAAUUUUUACUUUGUAAAAUGGAAAAAGUAACCUAACGCAGUUGAAUAUUUUCUACUGUUAUUGCCAUGUUUCUAAUGUCUUUUGCCAUCUAUUGCCAUCUGUUGCAGUAAGUUAUAUUAACUUCUAUGAGACCGGAUUAUCAUCCAAUGCUAAAGUUUGACAGCAGCUAUUUGAAUAAACCUGAUGGGAAAUCUUUUGA